AACGAAGGAGAGGUAGCCAGAACGAAUUUGGGUAUUAGUAUGGAGAAGUGGGAAGAAUAUGGAUUGAUAAAUUUGGAACAAGAGAUUAUACAUUCGGGUAAAAAAAAUUUAUUUUUGAAAUCUGGACUUGUACAACAACUUUCAAGAAUUCUUAUCAUGAAAUAUUAUAGGACUUAUGAUGGUGAUGAUAAGGUAGUGGCGAUGAAUUAUUCGGUGGGUAAUGGCAAAACAGAUGAAAAGGUUUCCGAAUUGUAUCAUUAUCCACAUUUAACCAAAGAUCAAGAAGCAUUGUCAUCAAGAACACCCCAAGAUGGAAUAAUUGACAAGUUCAACUUGGCAAAAGGUGGAAAUGCAAAUCUUGAUUUCAACAGUUGGGCAGAAAAUCCAAGAUUGAAGAAAGUUCACAACAAAAAAAUUCUUAUGAUUGUGGUGUUUUUACAUUAG